CCUCCACCAUCUUUAUUUUGCUUAUUAUCUCUUCUCUUUCUCUCUCUCUUUUUCUUUUCUUUUCUUUUCUUUCGUCUCUCUUCUUUAUUAAUUUGUUUCUGAACAGUGCUGCUUCUAAUCUAAUCCAUAAAGAGAAACGAAAAGUAAAUUGUUUUGUUAGAAAAAUCUCGGUGUGUCAAAACCAUCAACAGAUCGCUAGCUCGCUCGGUCUUUCUUUCUUUCUUUCAUCGUCGCCGGUCUUCUCUGAAGACGCAGCCGGGCGAAAUCGUUCGAGAGAUCUCCUCCGGCGAGGUCUUCAGAACGAUUUCCGCUCGCCCUUUGACUUUUGAUUUUGUGUUUUUUUUUUCAGACUUGUAGAAGGAAGGGAAAGGCUGUAGAGUCUGGAUAUCCGAUCCUCUAGUCUUUAAUCUAAGAUUCGAAGUUCGCAUUUCUCUUCCAGUCGGAGACGAGAAGGGCAAAGAGGAGAAGGGAGAGUGGUUUCUUAGAGUUGAAGUGAAGACCCGCUUUUUUUUACAGGAAACUUUAAUUUGGUGGGAGGGGAGGGUAGGCGAUGUCGUCGUCAAACUCGCCGUGCGCCGCGUGCAAGUUCCUGCGGCGCAAGUGCACGCAGGGAUGCGUGUUUGCGCCUUACUUCCCGCCGGACCAGCCGCAGAAGUUCGCCAAUGUGCACCGGAUAUUUGGUGCGAGCAACGUGGCCAAGCUCCUGAACGAGCUCUCGCCGGCGCAGCGAGAAGACGCCGUCAACUCGCUCGCUUAUGAGGCCGAGGCGCGCCUGCGCGACCCGGUCUAUGGUUGUGUUGGCUACAUCUCCCUUCUCCAGCACAAGCUGAAGCAGGUACAACAUGACCUCUACAAUGCCAAAAAGGAGCUCUCGGCGUACAUUGGCCCUGCCGCCCUCAGCCCAUUCCUCCCCCACCCUGGCCCCCACCACCACCACCACCACCAUGCUGCUCUUGUUGGCGCCCCCCACCAUUAUCCCCCGUAUCAGCUCCAGGGAGCUUCCCCAUCAUCUGCGCCGCCCUUCGGAGUGCCGGGAAUGGGGAUUGGGAUGGGAUUGGCUUUGGCAGCUGGGGCUGGGACCGGUGCAUCUCCGCACCAUCCACAGAUCCUGAUGCGCGAGCAGCAGCAGCAGAUGGCGGAGGCGCAGCAGCUGGCCGUAGCAGUGGCUGCUGUUCGAGAGCAAGAGAUGCUGAGGAGCUACGAGCAGCAGCAAGAGCUUGCGAGAUUCGGCACCGGGUACACUGACGGCCGAGCUUUUAAUCAGAUAGGCGUUAGUGCGACAGUAGCAGUGGCUCCCGGGACGCCACCGGGGCUGGCGCUAGUCUCGCCACAGCCAAUUGAGACUCCAUUUCUAGUCCAGCACCUGCAGCAGUAUCCCGAGCAGCCACGGCAGCAGCAGCGGCAGGCGCGGCCGCAGCACCAGAGAGCUGGGAGUGAUGAGGGGAGCAGCGGCAUGGGCCCGUCGUCUUGAAGAAAGAGUUCCAGUCUCAGCUAGUUUAGCAAGAACGUUAUCAAUUUUUAGGCCAUUCUUCUCGUCUUCUCCCUCCACCCUUGGCAAAUGCUCGAUAACUCUCAUUCCUCAAAGGGCGUUUCAGAUACACUUGGAAGGCAAAGUUGAUAGAGAUAAACAGAGAGGUGGAGAAAAGAGAAGGGGCAGCAAAACAGCAGCAGCAAAUGGUAAAGAGUGGUACAGCAUUGCUUAAAAGGGGGAAAAAAAAGAGAGAAGGAAUAGUGCAGCAUCAGCAGUCACCUGUGGCAGCCACAACAGAAAGAAAUAAUUAGUACUCCUUGGUUCUUAUGCUCAUUAGGAAAAAAAAUUUAUCACUCUUAUUACUUUUUAAAUAAUAUUUUUCCUUCCUUUUUACAUCCUUUAGGCUUAUAUUUUUGUUAUUCUUCAAGUCUUUUUCCUUAUCUGGUGCAUUAACUCGUUUUAAGGAUAUCAUGGUGUAACUGCGUCCUUGGUGAUUCACCUAUUAUUUUCCUUUUUUUUCGGUUUACCCUUUUGUAUUUGUUUUAUGCUGUUUUUUUUUUGUUUUAAUUCCGUGUUGUGGCUGGUCUGCCUGACCUGCGGAGGGAUUAGUCUGUAAAACUUAGGUGUAACAAAUUGCCUUUUCUGUCUCUCUCUUUUUGGGUCUUCAAAGCGAAACUUCCAUCAUCUUUUUUCUUUC